AUGGUCCAAAAUGAAUACCGUGUUGAUGCGGAGAAAAAGAAAAGGGGCGUUUUUGGGGUUAGUGACAAUACCACCAUCCUAGCUAACCAAGCAGCAAUCAACAAACAGUUAGAAGCUUUAACCAAGCAUGUCCAAGGGUUGACCAUGGCCAAACAAACUCAACAAGUAGCUGCAAUCAGGUGUGUUUUCUGUGCUGAGGGGCGUGCAAAUGGUGAAUGUGAACCAGAAGGAGUGAGUGAAGAAGCCAAUUACUUGAGAAAUUAUCCAAAGGUCCACCCUUAUUCUAACACCUACAACCCAGUUCCAAAAGCUACAAAGAAGGGUGAUGAAGUAGUAGUGGAGGAAGUUAAUAAUGGUGUAGUUGAAAAGAAUGUUGAGGAUGUUGUAGUUGAAAAAGAGAGUGAUCAUGGUGUAGUUGAAAAUGAAAGGAAGAAAAAAAAUGAUGAGGGAGAAAAAAGUGAGCCUUUAAUAGAUGUGAAUUCAAUAUUGAGGAAGUCUAAGAGCCAAUUGUUGAAAGAUGGAGACAAACCACAAGAGAUUCCAUCAUAUGUGAAGCUUCCUUAUUCUCAUUUGUCUAAAAAGAAGAAGAAGGAGGAAAGGCAAUUCACGAAGUUCAUGGAACUAUUCUCUCAGCUGCAAGUUAACAUACCUUUUAGUGAAGCUCUUGAUCAAAUGUCGGUGUAUGCUAAAUUCAUGAAAGAUUUAUUAACCGGAAGAAGGAGGCCUAAAGAUGAUGAAAAUAUAGCCUUAUCUGAGAAUUGUAGUGCCAUCCUCCAACGAAAGCUCCCUCCUAAAUUGAAAGACCCUGGAGCGUUUACGAUUCCUUGUACCAUUGGGAAGGUCAGUAUGGGAAGAGCUCUUUGUGAUUUGGGAGCAAGCAUAAAUCUGAUGCCUCUCUCCAUGAUGAAGAAAUUAAAAUGUGGGGAACCAAAACCUACAAGAAUGACUCUCACUCUAGCUGAUCGGUCAAACUCAUAUCCUUACAGAGUGCUGGAAGAUGUUCUAGUGAGAGUGAAUGACUUGGUAUUUCCAGCUGAUUUCGUGAUAUUGGACAUGGCUGAUGAUGAAGAGAUGCUUGUGUUGUUAGGGAUACCUUUUCUAGCAACUGGCAGGGCACUUAUUGAUGUGGAAAGAGGAGAAUUGAUGUCGCGUUUUCAAAAUGAGCAAGUGAUAUUCAACAUUUUCGAAGUUAUGAAGCAUAGAAAUAUAGAAAUGAAAAUCCACAAUGUUACCGAGUGGACGUGGUUGAUGAAAAGGGAUAUUUUGUCAAAAGAGACUCUAAAUCAAGUCAAAGGUUAA